AUGCACCCAACCCUCUCCACACAACCGGGCGUGACGCCGCCCUCGCUCGGCCGCCUGGCAUCGAGGAUAGCCACGAUCCUCAUGGGCAAGCACAAGCCCAUGUGGGACCCGUCGACCGACUGCGGUGACUACGUCGUCGUCACCAACUGUGCAGCGCUGCAUACGACCGGCAACAAGAAGUGGCAAAAGACCUACUACCGACACAACACGCGGCCGGGCUCUCUCAAGAGCGUCACCAUGGAUGUGCUCAUGGCCAAGUUUGGCGGCGCCGAGGUCCUGCGCAAGGCCGUCAGCGGUAUGCUGCCCAAGAACCGCCUCCGUGACAAGCGCCUAGCCAGGUUAAAGGCCUUUGAGGGCGACGCCCACCCGUACAAGAAUAACUUGAUACAAUUCGGCGGCAAGACUGUGGGCCACGACGGAUGGGAGGAGGCUGUCAAGGCAAUCAGGGAGGCAGACUCCAAGAAAUUAUAG